AUGACAAAACGCAACAAAAACAAGCUGCAAACAAACAAUUCCACUGACGAUACGCUCUCGCCGGACAAGCAGCAAGAAACUACUUUAAAAAAACAAAGAGUUGAAGCAACCGCUAGUGAGAUGAACAGUGAUGAUCAUCAUGAGCUGGAUGCAGCUCAGGGUGGUUCAGAGAUUACUCUUCUGGAAUUACAUCGCAUGAUAAAAGAGGAUAUCAUGAAUGCCAGCAAAUCAACUAAUUUACGGAUUGAUAACAUCGCGCAAAAUAUUGAGAAGUCAAUCGAAAAGCUACAACAUGAAGUUGAAGAAGUGAAGUCCUCUCAACAAUUCAUUUCCGAUGAGUUCGAGCACGUUAAAAUUUCACUUGAUGAUCAGAAAUCGAUGGUUUCAUCAAUGAAAUUAGAGAUAACCGAACUUAAGAAUGACCAAGUUCAAGCUCAACAGCAUAUUGAGGAGUUGAACUAUGAGCUAAACAAAAUGAAACAAUGUUCCAUAGAGAGUCACUUAUUAAUCUCUAAUGUUGUGCAGCUAGUGAACGAAAAUCUUGAUACCCUGUUCGGCAACAUCUUGAGUGCGUUGGGGUUAUCCUGCAGUUCCCACGAAAUCAUUGGCAUCACACGUCUAAAUUCAUCAAAUGCAAGAGGUGUACCUCCGAUUCUGGUUCGCUUCAUAAACGUUUCGCUGAAGGAUAAAAUCAUGAGGAUGGGGCGUGCAAAACCGCUAAGCUGCAUCGAUAUAGGAAUGAACAUCGACCAACGAAUCUAUUUUAACCACCGAUUAACGAGUUUGAAUCAACGGCUGCUGGGAAUAGCGAGGAAAUUCAGGAAUGAUAACAACUAUAAGUUUGUUUGGUUCUCGAAUGGUGCUGUCUUCAUAAAAAAAGAUGAAAACUCAAACGCAUUAAAAAUUAGUGACAUUCAUGAUUUGCCAGAUAACAAUUGUUAA